CAAUGGUGGCCUGCGAGGACAGCACGGCACUGGCGACGCGAUUACCUCCGGAUCCGCCGCGAUGUACAUCAGCGCGUGCUCCUCUUCCUUGGCUUGUGCGACGUGCGCCGCGCCCUUCUUGCUGCAGCACUCAUUGGUCCAGUGACCAGUUUUGCCGUAGGACUGGCAAUGGUAGCCGGGGGGCGGCUUCUUGCCGCCAGGUUUGGCCGCCUGCGCGCUCUGGCCAUCACGGCCAUCACGCGACGAAGUUCCUGCACGGCCGCGGCCGUGUCCGCGCCCACGCUGCCUGCCGCGGGCGCCAGAUCCCGAUCCGACGGAGUUCUCCUGCUCACUGCGUGCCUCCCAGUCGUCUUCACAGAGCAUCAGCCGUCCCAGCGAGUCCGUGACUUCCUUAGGCUUGAGUCGCUCCUCGAACACCCUCAGUCGCCCGAUCACCUCCUCGAUGGAGACCCUGUUCAGGUUGAGGAACAUCUCGAGGGAGACGGCGGCCUGCGUGAGCUUCUCUGGAACAACCUGCAGGAGCUUUUUGACUACCUCUACAUCCUGGAUGUUGUCGCCGAGGGAGCGCAGGUUGGCUGCGAGUGUGGAGAUGCGGACGCCGAAGUCGCUGACGGUUUCCCCCUCCUUGAAGGAGAGAGUGCCGAACUCCCGGCGGAGCUGCUGCGCGCUGGCGUCGCGCGCGCGCUCAUCGCCGAUCCGCAGAUGCUUGACCGCAUCCUAGGCCUGCUUCACCGUGUCCUUCCUGGCCAGCGUGUUCCAGAGCUCGGACGGCACCGAGCGUAGUAGACCGGCCAUCGCCUGGUGGUCGUCAUGGUACUCGUCGUCAUCGGCGUCGUCGGAGAGGCCGUCCUGGACGACGUCCCAUACUCGCAGCGUCUGGAAGUUUACUUCCAUGACCAAUGCCCGCUCCGGGUAGUUUGUCCGGGUUAGCAUCGGCCGUGCAACAUGUGCAGACGAGCGCCCGACGAUUCGCUCGACGACUCUGGAGCCGGAGCGACGACGACUGUCGGAGCACCCACGGCGACGUCGCGGCGAGCGCGACGGAUGGACCUUGUUCUCGAUGUUGCUGUCUUCGGGCUUCUCGGUCUUUGCCGGAGACUUAGAAGACAUGGCUAACUACGAGAUCAGGCUCUAGUACCAAAUGUUAGAGCACCGAUCAAACACACAGAGGAAGACACACAGGUAUUGUGGGCUGCAAUGAGGCAGCUAUUCCUCUGAUUAUAGUUCACUAUAUAUAGCUGAUUACAUAGCUAUCUAAGGCAAUAAGCCAAUCACUAAACUAGGCAACGGUAAAUAAGGCAAUAGCCUAUAAGGCAUGCUCGUGAUUGGGGGUUGCCAUCCCAACUCCCUGGGCCAUGCCGUUAGCACUAAUAGCAGAAUAGGAAGUUACAAAACAAGAAAGUACAGCUCACGGCUUACUGCUAACAUUGGCUAUGGUAUUCUCCAUUCCCAUGCUCCUCUCAGGUAUUUAAUUAUUUUGUCGAUGUUUGUGUUGAAUCCGUGCUAAGCGUAUGUAUAUGUACACAAAUGAUUUGGGGUUUGGUUCUGUGCUUCAGGGUAGGGUUUCAUUAUGCGGGAUUUGGAGUUACUCUCGGGUAUUUGAGGACUUUUUUCUUACGUUUGUGUUGUUUUUCUUGUUUUCCUGGAGAAAAAUGUGGUGAAUAUUUCUGUUAUGACGCCUGGCUUUGCUGCGGAGGAAGUAGGGAGGGGAGACAGGGAGGUGUUGGCGCAGGGGCCUGCGGCGAGCUGGUGCUGUGGCUGGGAGGUUGCGGCAACAGAUUGACGAGGAACAGGAGCGCCAGGCGCCCAAAGGGAGAUACGUUAUCUCAAUCCCAGGCUAAUCUUUAUUCAUGAAUAUAGUUUGCCCUUUAUAGACAUUACACGACUCAGCCAAUACUAUGGCUAACAAGACUCCUUAAAUCAAGGCCUCCUAACCAAACUCCUAACAAACCAAUCUAACAGACCUUGACUCAACCUAGGACUCAUCUCGACUCAUCUGGACUCAGCCUAGGACUCAUCUGGACUCAGCCACGAGGCCUCCUCCUGUAUGUCUGACCAACCAUAACAAUUUCAUUGAUGUCGUUGUUUGAGAGGUAUCGCUGGUCGAGGAAGGCGACCUUGGGUGUGAUUUUCCUUGGUCAUGGUUGGAGUAGUGGGCAGUGCCAUGACUAAUGAUGUUUAUUUUUGGUGGAAGGGGAAGAUGUGUUUGUGCUCUGCUUUAAUCGUACUGCAGAUUCAAUUUGUGUGUUUGGUUCUCAAAUGGGAUUUGGUUUUGAAAGGGGUUCCUUAGGUGUUACAUCAACUCCUUUCAGGGCAUACUAAUGUGUACUGUCCCCAAAUCUUGGAACAUGCAGAAUUUUAAUUUUCAGGGUUCAAUGGGACUUGGAUUUGCGUGUUGAUAGAUGCCUGCAGUGCAGAACUCAAUCAGAUAAAAUCACUCUGCAAGCACAGAAUGCACUGUGCUAUUCCUCCAUGAACACAUCCAUGCUAGUGCUGGUUAACCUUUUGUUUAUAAUUAGAAAAAUGGAGCAGGCACGCAAGAAAAUUUAAGCAUGCAGAAUUGCAGAUGCAGGGCAAGAAUAGGAGGUUCUAAGCCCCCUCCAUGCACAGCACACCUCAUACAAAGCCUACUACUACCACUGGCAGCAGUAGCAGUAUGUUACUCGUUGCAGGCUAGCAGCAGCAAUGACAUUCGCUAAAGGGAGCUUUUCUUUUUGAAGGGGCUUGUGUGCUGUUUUGGUUUCUUCAGGUUUCAUUUGUGUGUAUGUGCAUUUCAGUUUUCAGUUUUGUUUUAGGUUCAGUAUUGUUAUCAGUUUAGUUUUUAGUUAACUCUAGUUUUGUUUUAGUUAUCUUCUACAGUUUGAGUUCAGGUUUCAGAGUACCAGACUUUUUCAGUUAUCAGCUCAGUUUUUAGUGCACUCUAGUUUUACUGUAGUUAAGUGUUCAGUUAGAGUUCAGGUUUCAGAGUACAUAGACUUUAGUUUCAGGUUCAGUAUAGUUUUUAGUUCAGUUUUUAAUUAACUCUAGUUUUGUUUUAGUCAAUUUUUAAGUUCUAGUUCAGUUUGCAUCAUUAUGUCAUCUUAAUCAUAUAUUCAGUAUAAGUUGUUGUAUUUUCUCCCAACCUUUAGUAUAAGUUUCUUGAAGAUAGCUUACAGUAUAAGCUACUGAUCUAUUUCCAGUAGUAGUAAUAUAUGUAGAAUGUAUCUUGAGAUUAUAGCUUACUUUCAGUCUCUAAUGGCGAGAAAAAAAGUUUGAUUAAUGACUGAUUAAGUGUUGCACCUUUCAGAUUGUAGAAUGACUGAUAUGUGUAGUAGUGCUCAGUCAAUUGAUACAAUUUGAUGAGUUACAUGCCGGUGCAUGCUGCUACGAGUGGGUACUAUUAUUCGUGUGCAGCUGUAGUCUGCCAUUAUGUGCCACGGUAGUAUGAUGUCAAGUGCUAACUUACAUAUUGCUAUAAGGGGGCAGCUGCUGCUUAUUCUGAGUUCACUUGUUUGAUUAAAUAACAUGCAACCAAAUAUCUUUACAGUUAGCGAAUGUAUUGAUAUGUGUUCAAUUUGUCUCGCUAACCAAAUUCUGAGUUUUAGGAAUGUUCGCUUGUCUAAGCCGUAUUUUUUUUUGCCAGCCAACAGUGUUUUUCGCUCACGAUAAAUCAGCGAACAAUAUUUUCAGUCAUGACUUUUUAGACCAGCGAACAACAAUUUUUUGAUUUGACUAUUAUUGGACUCAUUUUAUUUGUUAUCUAACUUUUUGAUGAAAGUAUCAUUAUUGACAUCUGAGACUUCAGUUAGUAGUGUUUUUUCAUUUGUCCAUUAUAUCUUGCGACGAGGUACUUGCCAAAUUACCAAGACUUUUAGAGCGUUUGCAUUUUUGCUGCUUCAGGAUCAGUUAUGGACGCAUGGUAUUCGUGUCCUCUUUUUGCUAGUUUUUUAAAAAAGAAAUCGAUUGAGACAAACUGAAAACAGCCGAAUGAUGUGUAGGCAUAUUUACGACCAAGCUGAGUUACAUUGUACAAUGGACCUAUAUGUACCUUUGUCGACUCGGCCUGGCCUAUUAUGUGUUUAUUAUAUCCGGUCCAAUCUAUUGACAACUGAUCUGAUUUUUGUUCGUUUGCACUGAGCCAGCUGCGCUAAGCAAAGACUAUCUUAUCGUAUAUUUUAAAUUUAUUACAAAAAUAGAGAUUUGGAGACGCUGGCGGUUGAUUGUUUUUUAACUAUUAGCUUUUACCAUUGUCAAUGCAUUCUCAACCGCUGGCCAAUACACUGCCCAGUCAGCUUAUAAGAGUUUAGUGUUUUUUGAAUGCUUAUAAGAGUUUAUUUUCAGGGUUCAGUUACCGUGACCCUUGGGCAAUUAUUCGGAAAUCAUAGGCUCCCGGUAGUGCAAAAUUUUUACGUGGUUGGUUGCUCAUGACAAGUGCUACAAGCAAUAGUGGGCUCGGUCACAUUAACAUAGCGUGAAUAAUAGCUACUCAAACAUUGAGAAGCCGAUCGAAGGGAACCUAAUUUUGCACGUAAGCGAGGACGUACAGAAGCUAUAAGCUAUGAGGCAGAAGCCAAGAGAAUCACGUACUGCCAAGCAGUAAUUCCACGUACGCACAGGUGGAAAGUGGGUCUAUAUAUGCAUUCUGUAUGCAUCCACAUCAAUCAGAAAUGAUUGAUAAUAUUACUCUGAUCAAAUUGAUGUGCACUGGAGCAAGCAGAUGGUAUUUAGCCCGGGUC